AUGCGUGCGCCUUGGAAACCGACAGAUUAUUUGGAAAUCCUGCCCUUUGCAACUAAGUGGGAUGCCGACGGCGUUUUGCGCAGAACCACCGAUUGGGCCCAAGCAGAAGAUAGCAAGGGCAAACACGUUGGCCUCGACGUGGUCUGCAAUACAACAGAACCGUUUUACGAGGACAAGGAAGAAGAGAGCAGCGGAACGACUAUGAUCAAGUUCGGGCAGGUUGAUCAUGCUCUUUUGAAGGAUUUGAAGGGGUAUAUGGAGAAGAACGAUUUGCAAGUCAUGGAGUGUGAGCAGUCAUUCUAUGACUACAAAAAGGGCAAAUCAACGAUCGGGUUCAUGCCUUUGAUUUGGGUCUGA